GCCAGAAAAAAUGUUCACAAAUAUGCAGUAAUGGGGAAAUGAAAGAAAAACGAACAUGAGGCCUCAGUUGGCUGUUUGCCUUCAAGAUCCUUAAACCAACUUUGUUUCCAAAUCCAGCCUCACCCCCCUCCAUUUACAACUCUUUAAGGAUACUUAGAAGGACACCAAUGAGAUUACCCUGAAAAAUCCCUGCUGCUUGUCCUAGUCUCCUGGUCAGACUGAUCAAAUGUGUUGUCUGUCCAGACAAACAGGGGAAACUCUACUUCUUCUUGAACCGGACUACUUGACCCACCGCUCAAACUCAAAUUGAACUAGCAAAACAGGAAGGACUGCUGUUCGCUGAGAUAGUAAUUCCUCUGGGACCAGAUGCAGUGUUUCCUGCAAAUUCAACAGCAAAUGCUGUGUUGGGGAAUUAUUUCCAGAGAGCAUUUCUUCUGAUGUAUAAAUUUAUUUAUUUACCAGUAUUUUUGCUUGUCUUUUUUUAUUUUGUCCUGUUAAACUGGACCACCACAUUUUUCAUGGCUUGCUCAGAAAAUGCUCAGCAGCUGCACAGAUGUUUGCAAAGCCGACGCUCAACUAUCAACUGCCUCUCGGACAGCAAACAAGACAACAACUCGUUUCCAUUUUCCCAGGACAAAGCAGUGAAGGCAUGGAGCUCUCUGGAGAAUCUGGACAGUUCUGGCGUCAAAGCUGAGUGCCCCAAUGCCGAGGAUGAACCCAAAUGGCAGCAGAGCAUCAAAGUGAACGUUGGAGGGAAAGUGUUUCAUAUCCCAAGAAAGUGUGCUCUUAAAUAUCCUAACACCAGGAUUGGCUCAUUAGCUCAAUGCAAGGACCGGGCAAAACUUCUCACUCUGUGCGAUGACUACUCUGUGUGGAAGAAUGAAUUCUUCUUUGACCAUGAUCCAGCCUUCUUCCACCACGUCUGCCAUUUCUACCACAGCGGAGUGCUGUGGGUUGUAAGGGAAAUGUGCCCCAUCAACUUUGAGGAGGAAAUUGCGUACUGGGGACUGAGCAUUAAACACAUCCAGCUGUGCUGCUGGAUGGUGUUCGAGGAGAAGGCGGACGAGGUCAAGGACAACCUGAAGGUGGAGAGAGAGCUGAUGGCUGAGAUCGAAAUGAAGUAUGACGACGAAAGCUUCAAGGACAUGAUUUUUGGGAAUGUGCGGAAGACCCUGUGGAACGUCGUGGAGAAUCCGUACUCUUCAUCUCUGGCGAAGGCAUUCGCCGUGCUCUCCAACCUGUUCGCGCUCUUCUCCAUCGUCGCAAUGGCUCUCAACACUGUGGAAGAGCUCCAAACAUACAGAAUCAAUGACAAAACGCAGAUGGAAUGGGUGGAGAUUAUCACCAUUGUGUUCUUCACCUUUGAGUAUUUAAUUCGCCUUAUCACCACUCCUAAUAUCGCUUUGUUCUUGAAGGGGGGCCUCAACUUUGUGGACAUGGUGUCGGUCAUGCCUCAUUUUGCCCAGAUCGUCUUUGAAACCUGCACCGAUGCGAUGAAUGUGAACGCACAAGAAGACCACAGGGCUAUGACUCAGCUCAGUACGCUCAACCAUGUCCUCAUCGUCAUCAAGUUGCUGCGGAUCUUUCGCAUUUUGAAGUUAGCACGACAUUCAACUGGCAUGAAGGCGUUUGGGUUUACCCUGCGGCAGUGUUACCAGCAGGCCUGUUGCAUUUUCCUCUUCAUUGCCAUGGGAAUCUUCAUUUUCUCGGCCCUCUUGCAUUCAGCAGAGAUGGAUACUGAGGGUUCUUCUAUCAGCAGCAUCCCAUAUGCCUGGUGGUGGGCUGCAGUUAGCAUCUCCACUGUGGGUUAUGGCGAUGUGGUUCCCGUAACCAUCCUAGGACGCAUUGUAGCGUUUGGUUGCAUCUCUUUCGGUAUCAUCCUCAACGGCAUGCCAAUCUCCUUCCUGUUCAACAAGUUCUCUGACUACUACAGCACGCUGAAGGCACAAGAGUACAACUCCAUCUCAGUGCAGCGCCGAUUCCAGCUCAAGAAGAGACUCAGGCGUAAAAUGGAUAUGUGCUUCCAUCCCUCAGAAGAAGACAGCAGCACAGUCUUAGAGCCCGUCUUAGAAUGACUUGAACAUUUGAGAAGAGGACCCUUACGCUUGAGGAACUUGUGGACAGCAUAAAUCAGAUAAAAUAUUCCGAUGCCACAGAAGGAAGUGAACCUGCUUAGUGAGUGAGUGAGCACAGUAAGAACAAAAAACAGGCUAAGUAUACAGAAGCAGAACCAAAAUGAGAUCACUGCUAUUGCUGCUUUCUCAAAAAGUGGAAAGGCACAUGUUAAAUUUCACAGCACUUAUUAUAAGCAGUGGUGUGAUGUGGGUUUUUUUUUUGUUGUUUUUUUUUUUUUUUUUUUUUCUGAGACAAAAAAUCUAUAGCCUUUUUAAGUGGUGGGGACAUAAAAGAGCAUGUUGUCUGUAUGUUAUCGCUAUUUCAUGUAAUGGAUUGAGUUAUCAGAGCACCCAGUUUCCUUUUACUGGCACUUACUUGUUAUCAAACCGGCCCUUUGAACACCAACACAUGCCCUUUCUCUCACCUUCCCUCAUACACAUACACCCACAUGCAUUGUCUCCCUGACUUGAUUUACAUAAAUCUGCACAGUGCAGAUUUGUGAUGUAAAUAGCAAUUCAUUCACGUCAUUUACAUACAUUCAGCAAAAUGAGAACAUGUCCAUCACUGCGCUUGCUAAUUCUGCUAUCGAAAAGUCAACACAAACUUGCUAAUUCCCUUGGCACAGUCCUGGCAAACCACAGAUGAGCAGUGUCACACUAGCAGGAUCACCUCGUCCGUUAAUCAUUCUUUUUUUUUCUGCCAAGGGAAGCCAACUCUGCCUGGCUUAUCUUCGGACCACAGCACAAUACCCUAUCUCACCACUCUUCAGCUACAUAACAUCGCACAACCUUAAAUAAUUAGAGAUGAGAAAUAAGAAAGAGACAAAGUGACACAACUUAGAAUUGCCAAAACUGCUCAGAAGAGUGUUUUUAUUUGAUGAGAGCUACAGUCUCAUAAGAAAGACAGGCAGCAUGGCUUCCCCUUGGCCUCGGGGAAAUAUGUCAUUGAUUAUAAGGUCUUGUGAUUGGUUUUGCGUCUUUACCUGAUAGCAAGCAGACAAAACAAACUGUUGCUUGCAUGGUGAUACUGCUAGUUGUCACGUGUAUGCUAGCUGCCUACACAAUGCACAGAUCUGGAUGUUCUCACUGUUAUCUGUGUUGUUUUUUUGCUCACUGGGCCAAACCCUUCCUGUUCUCUGCUUCACAGCUGCUGACAAACCUCAUAGUGUCAGAGGACGGUUUCUGUGUUUCCUCAAUGGCAGUUCAACAGCAGUUAAGAGGAAGAAACACUUCUAUCUGCUGUUCAUUACCUGCUGAGGUCCCUUUUUUGGACUUCCCUAAAUCCAUGCUGAUCUCCUUAGUUUUUGUGGUGUUUGUUAGGGAAAGAUUAAUAUCCAAAUACCUGUCGACCAGUUAAAUAGUAAGAGAAGAACUGAUGAUUAAGUCUUGUAUGGCAUCUUAUGUAUGAAGAAUUUCUUGUUAAACCGAAAUGUACUGGAAAAAGCAAUGGAGCCACAAGUUGUGACUUGUAAACAAGUGCCUGUGAACGAAUGCCAUGUGUUCUUCUGUUUGUACAUCAAUUGCAAUGAACACUGUCAUACGGUUAAUUGCCCCCUUUAAUGUGUGACAAAAGGAAUUUGAAAGUAGACUCAUACUGUCUCCACCUCUUAAGGUCUAGAAACGUCUUACAGACUCCUCUGGAAGCACCUUUUUUAGAUCUGGUGCAGCUCCUUUCGCUUCACAUGCAGACAUAAUACUGCUACUCAUUGUUGACUUUUUAUUAUUACACCACUAGUCAAAAGUAUCCUCUGGUAUAUUUGGUCAGGGCUUCAUCUUACAGCACGAUAAUGACCCAAAAGUUUAAUCCAAGCUACAGCAGAACUACCUCAGGAUAAAAACAAGAUGGAAAGCAAGAAAACAUGGAGUGGACCAUGGCCCAGUCUGUAGACUUUAACCUCAUGGAGCUGGUUUGUGAUGAACUGGACAGAAAGUGACUCGCAUUUCUGGGAACUUCUGCAACAAAAAAGGGAUGAACUCUCUGAACAAUAUUUGAUUUCCAUUUUAAGAAUGAAAGGAUGUCACAAGUGUGUUCACAGACAUUAAACUGCAUACGUUUCAAUAAAAAAAGAAGACAGAAGAAGAAAUAUUGUGUUCUAAAAUGUAGUUAUUCAUUUUUCUUCAUAUUUAAAGGCAGAAGACUGAAACUGUUGUUAUUAUGAGAUCAUAAAAAGACAUAAUUAAUGCACGUUUUUCUUUCGGUUUGAGUUUUUAUCAAUUUAAUAUAUUUUCACAUUUUGUCCUAUUUUUAAUUAUUAUGAUUGACAUAAAUAAAACUUCAGGAUAUCC